AGGGAGAUAUAAGAAGUUACUGGGGGUGAGGAUUUUGUAAUAUAGAUAUAUAUUUAAAUUAAAAUGCUGUGUGUGUUGCAUAUCACUAGCGGUUUUUAUUUUUUUCGUAUAAAGAAUGAUGAGAUGUCGGUGGCCUGAAGUAGUGACAUUAUUGUCAACCCCCGGGGUUGAAACAUGAAUAGUCAUAGUUUUACAUUGGCUGAGAGACUGAUUCCUGCCACCUAUUUACAGCAGGCAGCAGCUGCUAAGAAAACCAGAGAAUGUCUCAUUCGUCAAUUGAUAGAGCAGAGGAAGUGGCCGGAGGAGGGCUGGGACGACUCCACCAUUGAGCUGUUCCUCGCCGACCUGGCCCAGAUGGACAGCAACAACUUCCCCGGCAACUGCGGCAUCGGCGAGCGAGAAGCCCGCAUCGCCUCGGCGCUGGUGGCCCGGCGACACUACCGCCUGGGACACGGCAUCGGGCGCUCGGGCGACCUCGCGGAGGUGCAGCCCAAGGCAGCCGGCUCCAGCCUCAUGAACAAGCUGACCAACGCGCUGGUGCUGGACGUCAUCCGCUACAUGGGGGUGAAGACCUCAGCGGGCUGCUUCGUGGUGCCCACGGCCACGGGCAUGAGCCUCGUGCUGUGCAUGCUGACCUUGAAGCAGGAGCGGCCGGACGCCAAGCACGUGCUGUGGUCCCGCAUCGACCAGAAGGCCUGCUUCAAGUGCAUCAUCACGGCAGGCCUGCAGCCGGUGGUGAUAGAGCCGUGCCUGGCGGGGGAUGAGCUGCGCACCGACCUGGUGGCCCUGGAGCAGCAGCUAGUGUCGCUGGGGGCGGAGAGCGUGGCCUGCGUGCUCACCACCACCAGCUGCUUCGCCCCGCGAGCCAGCGACUCCGUGGAGCAGGUGGCCGUGCUGUGCGCGCGCUACGGCGUGCCGCACCUCAUCAACAACGCGUACGGACUACAGAGCUCGCGCUGCAUGCACCUGGUGCAGGAGGCCGCCAGGAAAGGUAGAGUGGAUGCAUUUGUACAAAGCACAGAUAAAAAUUUCUUGGUACCUGUUGGCGGGGCGAUAAUCGCAGGCUUCGACAAGGGCCUGGUCGACAGAAUUUCUAGAACGUACCCAGGCCGAGCCUCCUCCAGUCCCACGAUGGACGUCUUCAUCACGCUGCUGUCCCUCGGAGUGAGCGGCUACAAGAGCCUCGUAGCGCAGCGCAAGGAGAUGUACACCUACCUCAAGGAGGAGCUGAGCAAAGUGGCCAGCAAGUACGGCGAGCGCAUUCUGGACACCAAGAACAACCCUAUAUCUGUGGGCAUGACGCUGGGCUCGCUGGCCGGGGCAGACACCAAGCUGAUCACCAUGCUGGGCUCCAUGCUGUUCCUGCGCUGCGUGUCCGGGACCCGCGUCGUCACCGCCCUGGACCACAAGGACGUGGGCGGCCACAAGUUCGAAGGCUGGGGCGCGCACUGCAGCUGCUACCCCGUGCCGUACCUCACGGCGGCCGCCGCCAUCGGCAUGCGCAAGGCCGACGUGGAUCUGUUCGUGCACCGGCUGGACAAGGCGCUGGGCAAGCUGAGGGGUCGUAGCGCCCCGCCCACCCCCACCUCCGUGGAGGAGCUGGCGGUGAUGCGGCGCGCCAUGCGCGGGGGCUCCGGCACGCUCAACGGCGAGGGGGGCAGCGGCAGCGAGCAGCACAGCCAGAGCAGCGCCAGCACGUCUCUGGCCAGCAGCAAGGACAGCCUGCGCAAGUGAUGGCCCGCGCCGUGCCCCUCGCGCCCCCUCACCUAGUCUGUUCCCGCCGCUUCGUCAGGUGUCUUCUGCGAAAACCAUGCUGCUGUUGCUCCGACACCUCCUGUGAUCAUCCGUUUCAAGUGAGGUGAAAUCUUAUUUUGAAUUUUCGGAAUUGUGAUCAACCACUAACUUCUGAUAAAAUGUCAUGUAUGGUGUGUGUGUGUGUGUUUUGCGGCAGUUUGAUCUGCGGGAAAGUUUCGUUGAGAAUUUAUGUAUUUGUGCCGUUACGAGUGCGAUGCUUUGAAUUCCGUAAGAAAUUAUACGUAGAAGGUAUUGCAUUAACAUUAUUAUAGUGUAAAUUACUUCUUAGAUACUAGUUCUUGAAUUUUAAAUUAUUUUUUAAGUAGUUGUACAUUCCGGCAGGCGACAGCUGUUUUGCUUACCCAAGUGUUGCACACGUGGUUUUAACUGUGUUGUGUAUAGGUGUUAACAGUACAUCAUUAGUGCUGUUGGCAAUUAUUUAUAAUAGUUUCACCUUUCUGUUACCGAGUUACAGUUUAUUAAUGAUCUGAAUGAAGUGCAUUGCUGAUAGGUGUAAAAAUUGUAGUUUGUUAAUAGAAAUACUCAUUUAAUAUAUUUGAGUGUUUUAUAACUUUUGAUCUCAUUAUAAAAAUGAUGCUCUGAUAACAGUAAGUAUAAGAAGUAUGCAUACACUGUAGGAAUGGCACACACAUAAUUAAUUUUUAAUAAAUUUCAGCAUUUGAGUAAGUUCUGCUCUUCAUUUCAAAACACUCAAAUUUGUAGCCGUAUUGACUUAUGAAGAAAGGCAGCGUUGGAGUGUGUGUGUGUGUUUGGUUGUUGAGUCUCGGCAUAAGACUGCCCGGACCAGCAUGCAGUGCAACUGUGCGUUCCGGAACGUUCAGGAAGCCUGCGGGUAUCUCGUCAAGCGCACUAACAUACUCUCUCUCGCUCCAUUCACAUUCCGGCCAACAUGGACACUGCUUUAGUUGGUUGUAUCGGUGCUGCUUCCAAGCAAGUCUCGCUGAGCAUUGCAAAUAGAAGAAAAAAGCUUUUAAAUAAAAACUACAUAAGAAAUUAUUGUAGUUUUGUGUUCCUAAGUUUUAAACAUUUCAACACUUAAAACACUUGGAAAAACACACCUGCAAUAACUUUAACAUUUUACGUACUUUUUCUUUCACAGCCACGUUGUUCUCUGCUAGUGCACUGCUCUGCUAGUCUUGUUUAGAAGCGACGUGGGCGACUGUGCCGGUUCACGUCUGGGACUCCAGGAGGCAGCACCGUCGACUCUCGAGGCAGCUCACACUCGGUGGUUACUGUGACUGCACAGAGUUUCAAGUGAAGAAUGGCAUAACUCCUAGAAAGUGUUAGAAUAUGUUGAUUGUUAAAAUAUGUAUUUUUGCUAGCAACAGGGCUGGAUUACCUGGAGCAUUGGUUUCUUUUAUCAAAUCAUUAAAAUGUUUGUUGCAGUUCAGAGUUUUUAGGAAUAAAUGAUGUUAGGAUAUCUCACACACAGUCUUAAUUGUGAUAACGCAUCAUUGAUGUAUGUGACCUAUUGCUUAUACUCAAGUCCACAACCUCGUUGUUAAUCUAGCUCAUUUCUACAAAUCAUUUAUUACAGUCACAGGCAGUUUAAACACGUGACUGUAAAAUUUACUUGCUAAUUAUAAACAGUGUCAUAUUUUCAAAACAGGUGAAGAAUGUAAUAUAGUUGGAGCGUUUUAUAAAAUAAGCAGCUUCCGGUUGGAAUCCAUGAAACAGAUCGGUUCCAGCUUCGGAAUUAAUCCAGCUCUGAAUUACCUUGUUUACCCUGCGUACGGAUCGCACCUAUAAUUUGGGUCGUGAAAAUCCAACAUCUCCACCGUAAGGGUUACCCUCGGUUAUGUGCUGCACCAUGUAUCUGUCUAAGUGGAGGUCCAUGGAUACAAGUGAAGUCUGUGUUCCAUGUCUCAGCUUACAGCACUGGUGUUAACCCUGGUCUUCUUUUUGUCUGCUUUCUGUGCCACUUUACUACUGUAGGAGGGUGUGAGGCAGCAUUCUUGUGCCCACUUCUCUCACCCCUUCUCCUUCCUGAUUCUUUACCACCCCUCCCACUAACACACAGACAAAGGAGAAGGCUACUGUUUUUUAUGCUCAUGUAUCCCUUCCUGGCUGUUAUAUUUUCUUCCCAAACAGGAAAAAAAAGGCAGUAAACUACUCUUUCUUGUCAGUUUCUUUUAUAAAUCUAGCACACACAUUAGUCGGUGAGAUAUUUGUGUGGGAACUGGAGGAAAGUAAAAAAAAGUGCUUUAAAGUGCUGCUUUCAAAGCACCAUUAUGACUUCAGUUUUGUCACGGAAUGCUGCAUUUGAAAGCUGAGUAAACUCCCUCAAAAACCAAUAAUGUUGGGUAACAGUUGCGUCUUGAGAACCUGUCGAAAUAAGACACGUGGAGAUUGUGACGUGACGCAAGGGAGAACCGUCCACACCGCUACCUGGCCACACGCACUCACGGAAUGCAUACACACUAACUCUGGCAGGUUUACCCCAGGAUUCCCCUCCAGCUGAAUACUAGCUCGGCCAGUCGCGGAACAUAGUGCUUUUCACACACUGCUAACAUAUUUCAACUAAAUUAUUAACUACGUGUAAUGUUAUAUAUAUAUUAAAAACUAACAUAGGAGAGUUAUUUACACACACACUCAUGACACACCACUAUAAUUUUUUUUAAAUCCAAACACUCGUUAGGAUUGCACUACAUUUUUAAUAACUAAGAAUCGGGCAUAAAAUGUGCUGUCCAUACGCGGGUAAAUACGGUGCGAUAAAACCCUCAUUGGUUACUCAGAGGUAAGAAAUAUUCUAUUUAUUUGUUUCAGACACAUUUAAUUGUGAAAAAUACAGCAUUGGAGGCAGUGAAAUGCCGGUGUACUAGCGGGGAUCGUUAGAGGCAGCCCUGUAGGGCUAUGUCGGUACUACUGGAGCAAAGUGAUAAGGUCUAGAGUCUACAGACUGCACCAGAUGUCUGGGAGUGUUGUGCUUGCUGGUUUGAGCAUUGAUGAUCUUAUUAGAGAUGUUAUAAAAAAUUUAUAUUUAUGGGGGGGAAAUUUAACCUAGGUUACAAUUCUACAUGAAGCUUUAUUCAACAGUGACUUUAUGAUUGUGAAAUAUUUAGGGUUUGAAGAGUUUCUUGACAAAAGUAUGUAUGAAUGUAUGUAUGUACUAACAAAAAAAAUACUAAUAAAGUUUAAAAUUAAAAUGUGAGUGAAAUACAAGUAUAAUCAUAACUAAGAGUGUCAUAGAUAAUACACCCUGACUGCUUACUACUUAUAGCAGGUGAUUGCAACAUGACGUUUAAUGUUCAUGAUUCAUAAAAUUAUAACACAAUGGUUUUCUCUCGUGUGUUUGUAUGAAGAAGAAAAAUAUUACAGUUUAAUUUCAGUAGUAAAUCCCAAUUAACCAAACAUUAAUCUAAAUUCAUGUAAUUUGUUAUAAAGCACUGAUUGGUACAAGUUGCGCUCCAAUUACAGGUUGUGUCAGGCAGUUAGACGUAUCUAAAAUAAGAAAUCAGUGUUAUCACUGCUGCAUCAUGCCCUUAUAUGCAAAUUUGAGUUGACAGUGAAUUACACUUACAUGUUCUUGAUGUUUGUAUUACCAUCAGUCAUAAAGGAUAUCGAGGAGUGGUUUACUUUAACCCUCUCUGUUUUCCUGGCAACCGUGAAACCAUUCUUGUAAUUUUUAAUAGUUCAUCAUGUAAUCUAUAAUCAUUGGUAUGAAUGGCUAAUUUUAUAACCUCUAAGGUUGAUGAAUUCCUGAAUCCUCGUGAAGGUUCUGAAAUAACAGUCAUGACUGCAAGCCCACUCGAGAGUGAAGCCAGUCCACAGUACAGCCUGCACUGAAGCCACGAUGUGCUGGUACAGUCACGACACACAUCAAAUAAACCUGCUAGGAGUGAUGGUUUCGACUGCAAGUCAGCGGUGGUAGCAGCGAGCUCAGAAUGGCCUGCAUGAAAGCCAAUUAGAAGUUAGGCUCUCUCCCAUUGGCGGACAGGGAGAGCCAGUGACAUUUACGUUAUACAGUCCUUUAGAAAUCUCUAUUCCAGUUUUAUCCUUACUAGUUAGAAUCGAGUGCUUGAAAACCAUUUACAUAACCAUAACGUUAUUCCAUCCACAACCAACCAUCCACGAUAUUCUUCCGCCCAGAAUUAUUUUUAAAUUAAUUACUGUACAAGUAUAUAAAUUAAUUACUUAUUUUCUGAACUGAUAACUGGUUUGGGUACCUAUUUCUGAUUUAAUGGUUGUUUCAUGAAAACAUGUGAUAUGUAACUGAUAUCAAAACAUGCAUUGAACUAAAUUCAAGUUGAGUGUCAAAUAUGUAAUGUGUCAAAAAGGUCAGGUAUUGUUAUUUUAUGUAUGGCUAGGAAGAUUGUAUUGUAAUACUUAAUACAUGACCCUUCUGUGCUUUUUGCAUGUGAUGGAAAAGUAAUGUUUUAGUCAAAUAAUAUCCAAGUUGAAUAUCCUUUUUUUUUUCAAUGAUUGUAGUUUUUUUCAGGGGUAGUAAGAGUAGAUUAAUUCAUGAAGUUGAUACUGAAAAUACAUAAGGCGGUGGUUGAAAAAGGACCUUUUCGCUUUGCAUAGCUCGUAGUUGCCUGAGCCCACUUGUGUGAAGUGAUUAAACUAGUUAUUUCUUAGUAUUAAUAUUUUGGGCAGCUGCCUCUACCGUGUUCGUGAAACACAAAAUAAAGAUAUAUUCAUAAUGUGAAUGUGAUGGUUUGAUGAACUGUAACACAACUGUAAGUAACUGUCACUUGACGUGAAACCAAGCUAGUUUCUGCUGCACAAGUGUGUUGUGUCCUUGUGGAGAGCAGGCAGUGCGUUACGUCUAGAAGCACGCGCACAAGUGAAGUAAUUGUGUUGCAAUACCGUGACGACAUUUACGUAAACAUACAUUCCAUAUUGUCCUGUUAGUGACAGUGAGGCCAUGCGUGUCAGCUGCAUUAAUAAUUGAUAUGUAGAUGUUGUAUACAGAGCAGGCAACAGCAUGCAUUUUCAUGUUCACCUGGUGGCUAUUGCUGUUGAGUAUAAAGAGACAACCCAACUGCUUAAGUUGUUUCUAAGCUUCGCAAGCAUCAGUAUUUAUUUAAGUCUUUUUAAAAUAACUUCGUUGGUACGUUAAGUCAGUAUAAAGUUGCCCGUGUGUUGGUGCAUGUUGCCGUCGAUGACGCGGCCUGCGCAAAGUGACGGCUCUAGCGGUCACGGUGUCGGAUCGCAAGCCGUGCGGCCGGGGAGACCACUCGGCACGCGCUUGUCCGUGUGCGAUCGGCGCGAGGUAUCGGGUAGCGGUCCCUCGUGCCUCGUGUCUGGCAGUCAGCUGUGUAGAGUCUCACACAUACACCUGGCAUGACGUUUACACACUGACCAUUUUUAUUUGCUACUUUGUUAGUUACUAAGUUAUCUUGGUGGCAUUUGAAAAAUACACCAUAAUAUUAAGUUUAACCGUUUUUAAAAUAUAUUAAUUUAUAGUAGUUAUCAUGCUUAAAAAAACAAAAAAAAAUUUAAAGAAUCUCAUUUGGAAGCUGAAGUAAAAACUUACAUGCGUACACACCUGCGAGUGUGGAGUUCACCAGCUUGUCUCGCUCACGACUCUGAGCAAAGACAUGUUCCACAAGGCAUUUGUAACGAGCAUGAAUUACAUGCCCAUACGCUGACGAAGCAUUGCAGGCAUGGACCUAGGUACCAAGAUGUUGAGAGAGUGCCAAACAGGUUGACGCAUUGUAUUUGUAUGACUUCAAUGACUUCUUUGUACGACCAUUUUAAAUGCACUUAAAUAAAAUAAUACAUAUAUAUUUUUUUAUAUUUAAUUAUAACUGUCUGUUAUUGCCUGAGUUACAGAUAGGGCAUCUUAGUCAUCAAUUUAAACAUUCAUUUCCGACAGUUUAGAUAGUAUUAAUUUUUUUCAGUCAUGUUUUGUACUCUGAGUUAUGGUUUUGUGUAAAACUAUUGUUCUUUUUGAUUAUUGAAGUUUUCUAUUAUAUGUAAUUUUGUUGGCUAAAUUUGUGUAUUUUGAUAUUUUUGCAAUAAUUGUCAGUGUUUAUGCUGGUGCAGUAUGUAGGUAAAUGUUUUUUAUCUUUCAAGCUCAAGGGCUCGAAAAUGCAUUCCAGUGUCUAGUUUUGUUAUUUUCUUGACUUUAACUAAAAAGCUUCAAAUUAUAUUAUAUGUUGUUUUUUCUCAAAACUAUACAUGUUUAACGUAUUAUUAAUGAGUUUCUGGCACACUGUGUGAAAACUAAGUUUGUAUUGUUUGUGAAACGCAGGGGUUUGCGUGUUGUGCUCGAAUGAAGAGGACGCUCAGGCCACGGGGACACCCACACUUGCAGAUCUCUGCUCUGGUUGGCUGUCACUGCCUGCCACUCUUGUUACAUGCUCGCUGGAGCCCCGGGAACGCGGCUGGAAUGUGUGUGGCUGUUGGGACUCCAGAAGGGGCAUGGGCAGGAAACUAACAGGUGUUCACAUUUGGUGCGCGAGUGAGCUCACAGGGAAUUAUAAAUAGUGAUAAUAUUUCAGUGGUAGCCAAAAUUUUGUUUUUUAAUUAUGUAGAUGCUCUGUACUUUAGGUGAGUUAGUGCCGUUUUUGGUAAAGUAAGAUUGUUGGCCUGCAUAAUGUCGAAGCCCUGUAGUGAAAGGCGGAGUGCUUGUACGAAAAGUGUCUCGAAUGCUUCCGUGGAACGACGUGAAUAUUUACCUGUCGGUACACUCUACUGUUUGCGUGGUGUGUUAGCGUGUAGUACUAUACGACAUUUUAAUCCUCGACAUAAUAAAAACAAGGAACAUUAUUUUUUGCAAUGUGUUAAACAUGAAAGCAUUUAUUACCAUAAGCAGGAAAUUUAGUUGAUAUUAGCAUUAGUGAAAAAAAUGAUAUGUAUUUUUUUUUAAAUGUUGUAUUUCUGGUAGUUUUUGUUUGAAGUGCAUGAACCAAGUCACCUUUCAUGCUGUAUUGAUGAAAGUUUGCAUCACUGAGGCACUAAGUCACUACAUGGUAUGUUUAUUAAUUCUCUAAAAUCUGACAUUUUUUAUUAUAUUUUAGUACGAGGCUAGUUUUGACCAAAAAUUAAGCUCAGAAAUCUGGUUCAAGAAUGUUGGAUACACAGUAGUAUUAUUAGGAGACAUUAAUAAAACUAUAAAUAUAGUUGGUUUACUUUCAACAGAACUUUUUCGAAACUGUGCCUAAAAUAUGGUACUUUUCAAACAUUUAACAUCCUUUUGCUGAUUGUCACAAUCGACAAAGUGGCCUGGAAAUUCUAUUUCACGUACUCAUCAUGCCAGACAGUAAAACAUGUUUUUUUAAUGGUUCAUGAAUGGUGUUCCUUCCUGCCAAGCGGCAGUUACAUCCGAGACCGGCCGGCAGCAGACACCGGUGGCUGUCACUCGUAGCCCUGACAGUCCCGUCCCGUCGGACACACCUCUCUCUGCACCAGGGUUCCUGUCGCAAGUACAGUCCACGUGCCUUCAUGACAGUCACGUGUAGUUACAAUAGUUGCCGUUGCUUGCCAGCUAACUCGCAUCCUUGUUUCUUACACCUGUGUAUGAACGCAUGGACCUUUAUUAUACCCUGGCUCCAAGAGCUGACAUCUAAUAAACUGAAAUGAGUCACUGUGGUUGACUUGACAGUUCUUUGGUUAAAAAUGUUCACGAUGUUCCUGUGACAUUCCAUCACUCUUGCUUCUUCUGCGACUCGAUUGAGGUUCUGCGUUUGUGUUGCUUGUGCAUCAGUCGGUCUCGUCAUAAACAUCUUUCAUCUACUGUCGGAGAAUGCUCCAUGUGAGCUGUAGAAAUAUUAAGAUAAAAUGAAUAAUCAGUGGCUAUGAUGUUAAUACAGCUAUUUACUUUGGUUGGAUUGGUUCGACUUCAGUCGUAAUCGUGAGCAGGAAUUUAUUUUAUAGUUGAUUUUAGGAGUGUUGGUCAGGGCGGAAGUACAGUGGUGGUAUCACUGCGUCGAGCCAAUCACUCGGCCGUGCUCUGCGUCGUGGUUGCUGCAGCUUCGUCGCACGCACACGCCGCGUGGUGUUCGGGACUCCGUGUGGCGGAGCUGCAUGUCAGCUUCAGUUUUCUUGAUCACGUGCUUAUGAGUGUCGAGUACAGCAAGUACAUGCCAGAAAAUUAUUUGUGAAAGAUGGUUUGUUAAAUGCCUUAAAUUUACAUAACUGUCAUAUUUGGAUGUGUCGUGUACAAGACGGUGUGUUGUGAAUCGUUUUAUGUGUAUCGCACAUUCUGGUCAGUGUUUCAGAGGGUUAGUUUGUACACCAUUCUGUAUAGUAAAUUUUUUUAUUAUGUACUCUUGUACAGUUUCUUUUAGAAUAUACAUUUUUCUUAAAAAGUUGCAAAUUUUAUAAUGAUUUUACAUGUGUACCUACUUUAUGCAGAAGCUAAGUUUGUAAAUAAAUGGAUUACGAGUACUAUAAAGUUGCAGGUUGUAUGUUAUGAAGUGUUUUAAAACCCAGCUUUAAUCUUGUAUGAGAAAUAAGGAACUCUUACAAUAGAACUAUGAAACUUGUAAAUCUGACUGAAAUAAACAGUAAAUGUUCAUUCUUGUGGUUAUUACUGGUUUCCCUGACUUUCAUAGUAAAUUAUAUAUAAAAUCAAAUACACAUACUCAAGUAGAAUAAAGAAGUCAUGUGUAAUCAUGAAUCCAUUGAUGUUAGCAAGGUAAAAUAAAAUUUUGUGUAAAGGUCAAUUCAUAAUGUGUUAAUAGUGUACAAGUAAGAAUUGUGUGCAUUUCUUCUUGAUGCUUGUUUACCAUAGCAGUCUCUACAUUUGUUAUUCAUAGUGAAAAGGAAAUGUAUUCCUAGCAAUGUUAGAACACACAGUUGAAGAGUUGAGGCUAAAUGUAAACCUUGAGCGUGGGCGACGCCCACU